AGAAAAGGAGUUUAAUUUUUAUAGCAUAUAGUAGAGCUCCAAUUUAGUUGCAAUCAUACGUGAGAGAAGAUUAUGAAUAUUUUAUUUUUUUUUAAGAAGAACUGGUUCAGUGAAGCUUCGAGAAUUCAAGUGCACUAGCUUAUUUAUUUUAAUAUUAGUUUCGUCAUAUGAAUUUGUGAAUUAGAAUUAUAAUGCCCUGUUCAUGAUAGAUUGUGAUUUUCAUUGAUUUAAAGUUAUUACUAUUUUAAUCUCAUAUAUCAAAUCAAAAUGAAAACUGAAUGUAGCUCGUAUACAAUGAUUAGAGACUUGUAAAUUUGCAGUUCGACUAGUUAGAGUUUUCUACUAUGUAUAUAAUGAUCAGUGAACCUUAAAUUUCACAUUUUUACCCUCACAUCAAUCAAAAGAUAUAAAACUCUAUGGAAGUUUCCCAGCAUUUAGAAGUAGUAACGCGUUUCACCUCAGAUUAAACAUUAUUAUAGUUUUCACUAAUUUUUUACCUGACGUGAUCUAAACAAAGAAUUUUUUUUUUUCUUUCGGUAAUAAACCAUCCAGUGUAUAAAAGCGAAUGAUUUCGACUAAUGGAUUGAGCAAAGUCAAGAUUCUUUUAAAUGGAAACUUUAUUAUCAAAUGUUGUUACGUUUUUAGUUUUUGCAUGAGCACCUGAUAUUCUAGACCCAUUUCACUCAAGCUAUGAGUAAUGUUGCUGCACUUUUAGAGUUUGCACUUGAUACACGUGUAUUUGAGACCCUCAUUCUUGCAAAAUGUCAUUUGGGCCCUAGGAGCAUGUAUCUGAGUAUGCCCCACCAAAAUACUCGCUGCUUCUGGGCCAUAGGUCCAGGCAUUAUAAUAUUUGAAAGCCUGAAAUGAAGACUGGAGGGAAAAAUUACAAAUUAACAUCCUCCAAAGUCCAAACCUUAAAGUUGAUAAAAGUGGGCCCUCUAUUUUGGCCGUUACAUUCAUCCCCAACGGCUACAUUUUCAAUUCCUUAACUAUAAAUCCAAAUUCUCCUUCAUCUUCCACCUCAAACUCAAACAAAACCAAAACUCCCAGACAUCACACAAAUGGCUCCAUCGUCGUUGUUGACAUCAUCAUCAUCAUCUUCUAAGCUCAGAAGAAGCACUUGCUCCUUCACAAGCCUCCUUCUUUCCUGCCUCAACUUCACUCUCUUCAUUCUCUCGGCCUGCUCCUUCGCCCCCACCGUCCUCCUCCGCAUGCCGCCAACCUCGUUCGGCAUGGCCUUCCUUCUGGUCUCCGCAAUCUCCCUCCUCUCCUCCUUCAUCGGCUUCUACUCUCAGCUUACUCACUUCUGCUUCAUCACCCACACCUCCCUCCUCCUUGCCUCCGUGAUCUCCCUGGUCCUCAGCAUCCUUGCCUUGUUCACCAAAGAGGCAGCGAGCCUCUCCCUCUUCAAGUCGGCGCGAGACCCGAAAGAGGCCAAGCUCCUGGUGAGGCUGGAAUGUGGAGCUCUCAUGGCCAUUUUGAUGUUGCAGAUUGUGGUUCUGGUGUUGAGCUGUGCAGUGCAUAGCUGCUUGGUGAAGGAGUAUCAAGAAUUGGAAGCUCAGACGGAGGCGUCAGCCAGGAAGAGGAGCAGGAGGAUGGCGAGAGUGCAGGAGGAAUCCAUGGCGAGUGGCAACAAGAUUGCAGAAGUGAAAGAGAAGGAGUUUGAUGAGAAAUUGAAGAUCAAGUAUGGGCAAUGGGUGAAGACUGAUUUUGAACCAUGAGGAGUCUUAAAAGUCUUAGUUAGCUUCUCUGCGACUAAUGAUCACGUCUGUGUCUGUGGGUUGGCUCUGGAGGUGUACAGUUUUCUGAGAAGUGGUUGAUGUUCCUAUGUUGGUGUUUUGUUGGUUGGUUUUUGUGGUGUCGUUUAUUAGGGUCACUAUGGGUGUGGCCUUUAACUGUGCGAGAAGCUACGAAUUUGGCUUUUCUAAUUCUUAUAUAUUAUUUUGAAUUGAGUCGAAAAGUUAUGAGAAUGGAGAAAUCAGUCAUGUGCUGCUGCUAAAUAUGGCUGACUCGAUGCUUGUUACUUCUAAUAACAUUUAUGUUCUAAUGUGAAGGAAUUUGGGUUUGACG